GUCACGCCUGGACGGUGGAUGCCCUCUUCGCUCCUAUAAAUUUAUCACUGAUGUCGAUAUUCCUGUUUUUCUCUCCCAAGAAUUUCUCUCUUCGAAUACCAGAAAUAUCUGGGAUCACAAAUCGAACAAACUUGAAAUCCCGCUGGGAUCACUUGAGGAUACUAGAGAGUGGGAAGAAGUUAGGUGCCCUAUCUGCCUGGAGCACCCCCACAAUGCUGUUCUCUUGCAUUGUUCUUCUUUUGAGAAGGGAUGCCAACCUUACAUGUGCAAUACAAGCUACCGGCACUCGAAUUGCCUUGACCAGUUCUUUAAGACAGCCAUGCCAACUACAUCGUCAGGAAUAAGAGAAGACAUUUCAUCUGCAGGCUUGAACGUUUAUGGAACAGCGGACGAAGCCUCACUGUCGGUGCAAUCCAGGCAUGAUGUGAGACUGUUGCAGCCAAAGCUUUGUUGCCCUCUUUGUCGAGGAGAAAUUUGUGGGUAUAGUGUGGUAGAAGCUGCACGUCAGUUUAUGAAUUCUAAAGUGCGUAGUUGUUCUAGUGAGAAUUGUGAUUUUAGUGGUUCUUAUUCAGAGCUCAGGAAGCAUGCUAGGUUGGAUCACCCAUCUACGCGGCCAGCAGAGGUGGAUCCAGAACGGCAGCACAAUUGGAGAAGAUUGGAGGAUAUUAGAGGGUUUAGGGACUUCCUUAGUAUGAUGCAGCCUGUAACUGGGGAAGAAGAUAGCGAGGAAAUUACUUCUUCUGAGCAUAUGCUUUUCUUACUUUUGGGAUCAUAUCUUAUUUAUGAAGUAGAAGAAUUCCUUGUGUAUAGAGAUAGACAGCAAAUGCGUGACAACAGGGUCUCAAGGAGACCAUUGAGAUUUAGAUAUGACAGAAUGACUAAUCAUGCCCCCAGGCAUAGAUCAAUGAACAAUACUCGACCAGGGAGGACAAAUGGUGGCAGGUACGAUAAUAUGGAGGAUAGCCGUUCCCCUAGAUUGAUUGAUAGUCCACAAGCAGGAAGCGUAAACCAUGGCAGGUAUAAUUAUGAGAAUAAUCAUGUUCCCAGAUGGAAUGACUAUUUGCGCCCUCAUUCAAGAAAUCAUGGCCAAGGAUUGCGGUGGCGGGGACAACAAAGGUCUAGAUUCAAUAACCAACAGUGAUUGUGGCAUCUUAUUGAUCAUAAUGCUUGUUGAACAACAUCUAGUGUUUAGUUUGAAAAUACGACCAACAUCAUGGCUGAAAAUUUAUUCAUCUUCUUUGGUUAGCAUUGAGGCUUAUGAUACUGAUAUCAGAAUAGUAAGAGAACGAAUGUGCUAGUGUAUUUGUUACUGGAAAAUGUAAAGGUACCGUACGAGACUGAAGUGGGGUUUGAAUCCCCUAAGUUUACCGUGAACUUCAUGUAUUUUUAAUGAAGAAAAGCAAAGAUAAUUUUAUUUUCUUCCACA